AUGGAGGCAAUUUUUGCACCGUCCUCUUCUGCUGAUCAAUCAGUCUCUUCUCACAAACAAAUCAGAAACCAAUCAAAGAAAAACACUAGAGGUCUCGUAUCAAGAUCCAGUGAAAACUUGGCUCCCACAAACAACAACAUCCAUAGAGGUUGUCUCUUGCUUGCUCCUCCUGCUUCUCUCUCCUUGUCCUACCCUCCUCCUUCAUUCUCAGUUCUCUAUCCACAUCAUCAGAUUCAAAGGCAAUCCCAGCCACCUCUCCUUCCUCUUCCAGUCUCCAGACCUCACAACUCUUUCCCUCCUUCUCGAACCCGAGACGUAUUUUGCCAACCUAAUUCUAGAAAAACAAAUCGAACCAGAGAUCAGUCUCUCACGCCUAAGAAAUCUAAACAGCCCAUCGCCAGAAGAGAAGAGCCCAGACAAGAUUAUUCGAAAACAAGUGAUGAAGUUCCAGUAUCGGCCAAGUCUUUUAUCAUUGCGUCGACUGUACCAUUAGGACCCGACCCCAACGAUCUACCAAAAGAUGUUUCUAAGGUUUUAUCAUCAUUACUAUCGCCUUCAUUAAUAUCAGAUAGUGGUUUGGAGAUUUUUUCAGGUUCGGUGCUAUCUCCACACCCAAGCAGCUUACCGUUGCCAAAGUUUCCUAUCAGGCCAAAACUCAGUUGCACUGCAGAAGCAGCCGGGAUUGACUUCGGAGCAACAGACGAUCUCCGGCGACUUUUACGUCUCCGGUGA